AUGGAAAAGGAUACUGCGUUUGUUCCAUUCACCGAGGGCGAGUAUGCAGCGAAACGUGGGGUUUCCAUCGAAAGGGUUAGAGAGCUCACUGAGGAUGCGCCACUGGUAAAUCUCGUGUAUCUAGUCGGCCAUCAGCUGUUUGGAUGGCCGAUGUGUCUUUUCUUUGCCGUGAGUACAGGAAACAACAGCACUCCCGGAGACCGCAAAAAUGGCCACUUUACUGCUAGCCAUUUCGACCCCUAUAGCGCGCUGUUUACGUCGGCGCAACGGAUAUCAGUCGCCUGGUCGGAUCUCGGGGUUGGUCUUGUGGGAUGGGCGUUGCUCCGCAUGAGUUCAGAAAUUGGGCUUGGAAAUACUAUCUUGCUCUAUUUUAUACCCUAUCUUUGGGUAAAUAGUUGGAUUGUCGCCAUCACAUACUUGCACCACACGCAUCCAUCAAUUCCACACUACGCAGGACAAAACUGGACGUUCCUGAAAGGAGCUCUCGGCACCGUCGAUCGCAGUUUUGGUUUUAUUGGGAGACAUUUUUUCCAUGAAAUCAUCGAUUAUCAUGUUAUCCACCAUAUGUUUCCCAAAAUCCCAUUUUACAAAGCGGAGGAAGCGACCAUCGCAAUACGACCACUGCUGGGCCCCAGUUAUCAGGAAAACAAAAAGGAAAGCUUCGUACUUUCUCUUUUCAAAACAUUCCAAAAGUGCAAGUACGUGUCUGAUGGUGCCGUCUCUCCCGAUGAGAAAGGUUCGGGCGUUUUUUACUGGCACAAGCACAAGAUGUGA